UUUUCCUCCUCUUCCUUCAUUUCUGUCAUGCUUAUUUUCCUUUCUGCACACAGAUGCCCUCUAUUGCUUUCGCCCCUGAACAAUGAUUCCGUUUCCAGAUUUGAACCAACCCAUGAGUGCAAGUUCCACACUAUAAAUUCUAUUUUUCAAAACAGAAAAAGCUUUCUUAGCGUAGUGCUUUUUAUAUUUAUUUGUAGUUUUAUGUUGUUUACUUCAAAUGCUAUUAUUGUUGUAACUCUAUUAACAUUCGUGUCGUGGUGUACGUCAUGGUCAUGAUCGGGGUCGUCAAGAACAUUGUAGCUCCAGCUUAUUCAGGUGCAACAGUUGUCCGUCGUCGUUUCGGAUCGGUAUCCUAUCAAUGUCCUCUCGUUCCUGCUGCUCCGUGAGUUAGUCUACAACGAGCGACGAAACUACAGUGAAGACGAGUUAGUACAGGGUUGUGCUGGUGUUGAUUUUUGUCGUGCUAAGCCGCUAAGAGUCGGAAACGUGAUACGAUCCGUCGUUGCAAGUAGACUCAACCAGCAAAUCGAAAAAAGUUAAUCAGGGUCGUACACAGUAGUAGUACCUCACUCAUUUUGAUAAAAAUAAACGAGCUGAAUAUUAGUUCGUGACACGUCAUUGGGGUGGAAUCGGAAAGUCAAAGUGGCUAGCAAGGAAAAGGGAGGACGAGCUCCAGUAAUUUGGUCCACUCUUCGUUGCGAGCCGUAGCCUGUAGACGUAGUCGAGAUAAUUUUCUUCAACGACGGCUACUGUCAUGCAACUCAGUCACCCGCCACUGCAUACUAUUUAUUAGUUUAAGUAUAAUUAGUUAAUUUUUUUUCCAAUAAUUUUUCAAUCGACAAGAGAAAGACAAAAAGCUGAACUCAUCGCAUCGCCGACGUCCCCUGCUUGUGGUUUUCGAACAGCAGCUGCCUUUCAUCUUGCGAAUUCUCGCCACGACUCCGUCACUCAAACCACAAACCUGCGCCUGGUCUUGCCUCGUAUCAAGGAAGACGAUCAUGAAGAAGUCCUCUUCUCGUUCUCCCUCACCCAUGAAAAUGGGAGUGGCGUCGUCCGCAUCCUCAUCUUCAGUGAUGAAAAAGAUGACAUCGACGACGUCGCCCAAAAAUAUCCACAGUAAAUUUCCCGUACGUGCAUCUAGGUACAAAUGCGGUUCUUUCCGCGUGACAGAACUUGUCUUCGGUCCUGCUUACUACACUUUAUCUCUAAGUUGGCGAAAUUUACUUGUGAAGAUGCAUUUUGUACGUUUACGGGAUCGGGAAAUUUGUGUUGCAUAAAAAAUGGCGCAACUACUACAUCAAAUGGCAACCUCCACCGGCCGGUCCGGUCCUGCCGCACCGAUCAACAAGCGGCCGCUUCGGCAUCUUCAAAAUCAAUGUCGAUGUCUAUGAAGCAAGCUCCGUCGCCGAAAAUGAUGCAGCAUUCUAUGGCGAGCAAGUGCAUGAACAUGAAACAAGCAAAGUUGCCACAGCUCCCGGCAGUACCGAUGAAGUCGCCGUCUCCGAUGAAGAACUGCUCCGGUGCUGGAACGACAUCUGCUACUACUUCAUCAUCUAAACCUGCGAAAUUGCCGAGAUUACCAGGAGACCACGGUGCAUCAAAGCGGUCGGCCUCCAGUGCGAUGAAGAAAACUUCCUCUAGUAUGGUGAAGAAAAAACAACUGAAGCGCAGUAAUUCCGCCCCCGCGCCGGCGUCGUCGACAAACAAGAAGAAAAGUAGUAACCCCGGAAGUAGGACAUCAACAAUUUUGAUGAAAAGCAAGCCCGCUAGUCGUGAAAAGGAAAAGAUGAACAAAAAAUCCGCCUCUUCACCUGGCAGAACAAGUUCUGCCUCUUCUUCGCCAGCUCCGUCGAAAAGAUCGAGUUCGACCCCAAGAAAGGACACAAAAAAACCGACCACCCCCGCACCGAGUGCUGCUAGUAGUGCGGAGAAAAAGAAGAAGUCUUCCGCAUUUUCGCCUGGUGCGAUCGCGCCGUUGGUGCAACACCCGGAGGCCAACCACAAGACGAAGCGGCGAGACCAGGUUUUCAAGAAUCUCAACGAGGAACUCAUGAGAGUAAUUCCACCUCCUUCGAAAAAUAAUCUAAAUUCCAAUUCGGGGGAUUCUGCUGCGACUACUUCAUCAUCAUCUACGGGGCCGCGGCAGCAGCAAAAUUUCAGGCAUGAACUUCUACAACAAGACGAUGAUCAAGACGACCCCAUGGACGUGGAUUCGCACCAUGAGAAAUUUGCUGCCUUUGCUCUCGAGGAACCACUUCCGGAAGAACAGGAGGACCGGAAGACGAGCAAUUCAUCUGUUGCGAAAAUCACCAGAGGAGCAGGUCCUGCACCUGCAGUAGCUUCCUCCGGUAGUAGUUCUAGCUCCUCGAACAAGCGGAGCCGAGGGUUAGCGUUUGAUGCCGGCUGUGGAACGCAGGUUGGCGUAACAUCUGCUCGGAAUAAUAAAGCUAGUCCUGUUUUGGCUUUGCACCCCUCGGAUCAUCAACAGCACUCCUCUAAUAUUUUUACGGGAGCUGUUGAGCCAACACCGAAAAAAUUGAAGAGCAUUUUGAAGAGUCCGGAGAAGUCCUCUACUUCGAGCGUUGCUCUAGACGGUUUCGUCGGAACGGGAGCGGCUUCAUCCUCCUCUUCCUCCGCCGCCGCCGGUGUUAGAGAACUUGUUCCAGCUUUUGACCCGCCUCAGCGGUCGACGAAAAUGAAUAAUUCAUCAACCGCAACUACAUUUUCGAAGCAGCAGCAGACCACGACACAACACCUCGCGAACAUGAAGUCCGCCUCCUCUCCGUCGAAGUCCAAGUCCCCGCAAAGAUCAACCUCGAAAUCAAAAUCCAAAUCGCCGCGAACAUCCUUGGUGGGUACGGCUGCGAAAAACAAGAGCGGCGCUAGCUCAUCUGCUGACACGCUUGCCGCACUUGCUGCGCAAGCACAGGCGAAGAAGAAAUCGGUGCAGUUUGUGGAACGUGGUCCGGACGUAUCCUCCUGUGCAAAUGUAUCGUACUCGUAUAAAUGCUUGCUUUGCAUCACAGAUCCAGUAGCUUAUCUGAAUCAGCAUGACAAAUUGCAUUUUUGCUUUUCGGAAAAAAUUGUAAUGCGAUUUAUACUAGUGCGAUAGUUUUGCAAUGCAUAGGACGUUUUCAAAUACGAUGAUGUGUACGACGACGGGUACGGAAAUCGCCGGGCUUGGUUAUGACACCCUCAGAAUGGAAAUCCUCAAAGUGGAAAUAAUUUGUGAUGCAUGAAAUGCGACACCAAAAAGACUGUAUUGCAGAGAACGCAAUGGAGGCGGAUUAUUAUGUUUCUACGGGUUCAGAAUUGGGCUGCUGAUUAGCAUGAGAGAAGGGCACCCCUUUGCUUAACUAGCAUGACAGACACGUUUUGAGCGCCCGGGGAAUUUGUCAUGCGCCGACUAGAAAUAGCGCUCCAACUGGAGUCGUUUUUUUGCAUUACAAAUCAUUUCCACUUUGAGGAUUUCCAACCUGAGGCUUUCAUAUUGGUUCCAAGGACCCUACGAGCACCAACAAACGCAACUGGAUUUUUUGGUACACAGAUUUCUCUUUAAUAUGCUCUCUUGGAGCAAGAGCAACUACAUGCUCUACAGAUCAUUUCUGGUGGUUGUCACACCUUAACUUGAGCUUGCCCUCGUAGAAGUACUGCUCGUGCUCCUCCACCUCCUGCUGCCUCUUGCAUUAAUGCACAUUCGUGUGGUGAGGGUGAGCAGCAGGAGCAGCAGCGCUGGGUCUCCUAUGGCCACAUUCCGCUUUAGAAGAUGAAAACCAAACGGAAAGGUGAAGAUUGAACGCAUAUAUAAAAUUAUACUCCAACACAAACAGUUCGGCUGGCCGGAAGACUGGGAGCGGGAACAGGUUUACGAGAAAAACCAGCGCUAUGGAUGUGUCAGGAUCGAAAUCGACAAAAUCGAAAAACUUGUGAUGCAUAAAAUCGAUACCAGUUGGAGCCUCAGUUUCCGAGUGGCGCGUGACAAAUUUCGGGAACGCCCAAAUCCAGUCUGUCAUGCUGUUUGGGCAAAAAAUGCCGCUCCUGUCAUGCUAUUCCGGCAGCACAUUGCAUACCCCUAAACAGGCUUACAAUCGGCCUCAUUUGCCUGCUCCCCAAUACAGGCCUUCAAUGCCCUACAUUUUAUGCAUCGCAAGUUUUUCGAUUUUGUCACUUUCGAUCCUGACACACUCAUAAGCGCUAUCCAGAUGAUGAUGAUGUACGUUCGAGUUCCUGUGAGGUUCGGUUGGGUUUGUUUGCAUUGAUCACCAGGAGCAUGACCAUCAUCAUUUAAAAAGAUGAUCAUGAUGAAAUAAAAGGACGGGUGCGCUUCGCCGUGUUUCGUUCAAAGCACCACAAUCAUUCAAGAGCAAGCCAAGCAAACCCUUCCUCAGAGGAAGAACAACGUCACUUCUCCCCUCCACAGCCCGAAGCGGCGUGAGAAGUUUUUCCAGCUCACGAACGGGCUAGGUGUCGGUGGGUCAGGUGAGGCUUGGGGUGACGAAAUGGAUCCGAAGCAAACGGACGAGCAGGACCUGUUCGGCUCGCCCCUGAAAUUCGAGUCCUGUGUAUCCAAGAAAAAAACGUUGUGAGUGUAAAUUUGUGAUGCGCAACAUGCAAAGCGAUUGCGUCUCUCAUGCUUGGCAUGCAUCGCAGGGUCCAUUCAGCGGCGUUUUCUCGUACUAUCUGCGCAUGACAGGUUUUUGCUGUCAUGCCAGACAAAUUUGUAAUGCUGUUCCUCCAAAAAGUUCCACCUACAAUGUUUUUUUCUUGGAUACUGUGCGGAAGGCGAGGAUGAAACGAGCAGUAGUCCGUUGCAGCAACGGCAUGUGCCCGUGUCGCAACUACAACAGCAGGCCGCGAACACGACAUCUACUCCCUCGGCUGGUGUUGGUGGAACGGUAGUUCUUGGCGGGGGCAGCAGCAGCAGUAGCUCCGCAGCGACAAACACCUACAAUUACAUGCAGCAGGAGCAGCAGCAGACCCAGACGUACAACAACUCUACUACUACUUCCGGGACCACGUCAAGAGCGAACACGACCAGAGCACCCGCGCCUGGCCCGUCGGCCGGGGUGGAGGAAGUCGUCGGCUACCUAGUGAAUGAGCAUGAACAGCAUGGAAAAGCAAAGGGCAAGGGACAGCAGCGCUUCUGAGAGAACUCCUGCGGAAGAGCUGUGUUCUUGACCUUCUUGAGUAUGCAUGUUGCCAGGAUCAUAGGAGCUGUUGAAGACGUCAGUAAGAACUAGUACUUCCCACUGACGACUGCUCCUGCGCUAGACCCUGCCGGGUUCUACUCGUAUUCUGCUGCCACAGGAGCUUCUGUCUUUCUUCUACUUCCACCAUAUACUUAAUUACUUUUACUUACGCUAAUCCUAAUACUGUUAGAAUUUGAAUUUCAAUCUCAAUGCCGAGUCACACUCACUUUUUCACCAAAUGUCAUGCUUGCAAUCGGUGCUAGCUAGGCGGAAAUGUUGGACCUCGUUGUAUGCUGAUCUGUCAUUCUCAUUGUGCUGGCACUUGGACGCGGCGAAGGAGCUCUCCAUGACUAGCAAAACAACUAACAGGCUUAAUUCGUUCAACUUCAAUCUAGUCUGUGUCUCCAUGAAGAUUUUUUCUGCUCUCCUACGACAACAUCAAGCAAAUGCUAAUUCUGAAACUUAUCGAGAUGCUCACACAUCAUUUUUAGCAAACAUGUUUUUCUCUUUUCAUAGCUUAGAAUACAACGAGUUUUACUAUAUACCUAUUCUUUUCUGUACAAUGCUUUUUUCUCUCGUUUUCCACGUAAAAAGUUCCAAGGUCGAAUUCGAACAUUUUACUACUACAACUACUCGUCGAUGUUUUAGAUGCAUCGAUGAUUGUAGUAAAACGUUGCUAGUACUUGUUGUUAGCAGCGCAAAAUGGAACCUACGUCUUCAGUUUUCCAUUUCUUUUCUGAACCAAAAUUAUCAGUUGUGCUGGUGCUGUAAAAUUACCUAGGUCUACCUUUUCAUGAAACAUGUUGGACGCCAGCAUCUUCGUGCAACAACCUAGCUUCGUACUGAAACACACUGCUGAUUGUAUUUUGAGUUUGUAAACAAGCUAUUCAAAAAAUUUUAUACACGUCAAAU